UUCCUUCUUUACUCUUCCAUGGCUACAAUCCCAAAUUUCUUGUCUAGACCACCUUCUUCUCUUUCAACCUUCCCCAAAACAAACCUUUCUUUGAGGAAGACUUCUUUCCCUUCUCCUAAUUCCUCCACUCUUCCUGUCUUCCCCAAGCCCACACCACUAAAAAGACUAGAACCAGGCCUUACUACUCAAACCCAACAUUUCAUUGCCAAGGCAACUACAGCUUCUGAUACCCCGAAAGUGGACAGUGAUGAACGAGUCCAGAAGGUUCAUAGCAUCGAAGAAUUCGAUGAAGCUCUUAGAAUUGCAAGAAACAAACUCGUUGUUGUCGAAUACGCCGCGAGCCAUAGCUUCCACAGCAGUAAGAUUUACCCUUUCAUGGUGGACUUAAGCAGGACCUGCAACGAUGUAGAAUUCCUACUUGUAAUGGGUGAUGAAUCAGAGAAGACAAGAGAGCUGUGCAAGAGAGAGAAGAUUGAUAAAGUUCCUCAUUUCAGUUUCUAUAAGAGUAUGAAGAAGAUCCAUGAAGAAGAAGGAAUUGGUCCUGAUCAGCUUGUUGGUGAUGUUUUGUAUUAUGGAGAUAACCAUUCUGGUGUGGUGCAGUUGCAUUGUAGAGAAGAUGUUGAGAAAUUGAUGGAAGAUCAUAAGGUGGAUCAUAAGUUGAUUGUUCUUGAUGUAGGGUUGAAACAUUGUGGGCCCUGUGUUAAGGUUUAUCCAACGGUGAUUAAGCUAUCAAAGCAGAUGGCUGAUACGGUGGUGUUCGCGAGAAUGAACGGUGAUGAAAAUGAUAGUUGCAUGCAGUUUUUGAAGGACAUGAAUGUAAUUGAGGUGCCCACUUUUUUAUUCGUCAGGGAUGGUAAGAUCUGUGGGAGGUAUGUAGGCUCCGGUAGAGGUGAGCUUAUUGGGGAGAUUCUCAGAUACCAGGGAGUUCGGGUCACAUAAAACUUUGAAUCAGAGUUAUAACAAUUUUCCUUGCG